AUGUCGUUCAACCCGGAAACCAUAGCAAAAUUUGAGCUUGAACGUGCCCCCGGAGAUACUGAAACAGUCACGUGGUUUUCUGCCAAUGCAGCUUCGAAUAUCAAGUCACGUGUUUAUAUCAAAACGAAACUAAAGAUAUUUUGUUAUUGCCAGAGCAGCGGUAUUGUGAAUGGAGACGCAAGCUUUGGUAUCCAACACAUUCGUGGUCAGAGGGACAAAUCUAAAUCUUGCGAUGGCUUAAAUGUCAGCAUUGCAGCUCAGAGUGGAAGCCAUAUUACAGCACCUGUGAUCUCUAAUAAUAACAUCAUUGGCAAUGUUCAGAUCAUACAUAAUGCACCUGGUUGCACAGGGCAUCACCCAAACACCCAAAAUGAGAAAACAAAGACCUCAGAAAGGAGAUCAGUGCUUCUUAAAUAUAAGCAGCUGAUACGCAAUGAGUACCAGUAUGUGACAGAGUAUAACUCUCUGCCUGGUGAGCAUGUGCUGCUGUCUGAUCGCUACACACAACCUCUGAUUAUUCAGAAACACAGAGAUCGGAAAGAGCUAGAAGAAGAGAUCUCCGCCAGAGGAGAGACUUUCCAGCAGGUCCGUGGUUCCAGAAGCUCUCAAGAAUCCAUUGAGUCCAUCAGUCUGGACACUCUGUUCAACCCAGAUAGCCGAGGAAUCAGUCCUGGUGCUGUUAUAUUACAGGGCAACUCCGGGAACGGAAAAUCCUUCACUGUGCAGAAAAUGAUGAUGGACUGGGCAUGUGAUCUCUACAGAACCAAAUUUGAUGUUGUUUUCCAUGUAAAGUGUAAGGAAAUUAGCCACAUUUCUAGCAGAAUGAGUUUGGUGGAGCUCCUGAGCUACAAUAGCUUUUUAACAUCAGAUGAGAUAUCCACCAUACUGCAGCGGUCACCAGAGCGUGUGCUCUUCCUCGUCGAUGGAUUCGAUGAACUUAAAUACACAGAAGACUUUUAUCGCAUGUUGCCACCCACAGAUCAGUAUCAGAAAGCCCCUCCUGAGGUCACUCUCUGCGCCCUGUUAAGGGGACGCAUCCUGCGAGAGUCAUGCCUUCUGGUCACCACCAGAUCUACAGCUAUUGACAUCCUGAAGAACGUUCUGAAGGAACCACACAGUUUUACUGAGAUUGUUGGCUUCUCUGAGAAGGGGGUGGAGGAGUACUUCAAAAAGUUCUUCCAGAAUGACAGACUAUUCAGGAAAGGGUACGAGUAUGUGAGCGCAAAUGAAACUCUCCUCACGACCUGCUCCAUCCCUGUCAUCUGCUGGAUCAUCUGCACAGUUAUUCGAGAGAGGCUUAAUGAUGGUGCAGAUGUUACGAGUGGACUGGAGACGACCACGUCCAUAUAUGUUGACUUUCUGUGCACUCUACUAGAGCAUCACAGCCGGGGUUCAGGUCAAUCCGUUCCCACCCUGGUGAAGAGUCUGGGUCAGCUGGCAGAGAAAGGGAUACUGGCACAGCAAGUCCUGUUUGAUGAGAAGACCGUGUAUGAAAUGGUUUCCGACCCUGCUGGAAGUCCAUUCUUGUGCAAGUUCCUUUUUAAGAAAAGAAUCCACCAGGAGACAAUGUUCAGUUUCAUGCAUCUCAGCUUUCAGGAGUUCUUCACUGCUCUGUACUAUCUCCUAAUGGAUGAAUACGAGUCAAAAAAGAAACUCAUGCAAAUGUUUUCCAUUCAUGAGUCAAAUAUCAAUACAGAGUAUUCAGCACCACGUUUUGCAGCUGUAGUGCACUUUAUUUUUGGUCUGUUGAAUGAGGACGUAAGACGCACACUUUGGAAAAGGCAUGGUUUGUUCGUUCAUUCAAACAUACAAGACCAUCUGAAGGAAUGGAUCUUUGAAGAGAUGUCUCAUUCUCGUUCUGAGAGGAUUCUGUUUUUAUUCCACUGUCUGUACGAGCUCCAUGAAGAAGACGUUGUGAAAGAAGUUACAGAAGCCUGUCCAAGUGUUAUUUUACACAAUGCAUUCAUAAGAAAAGCAGACUGUUGGUCCAUGGUGUACUGCGCUCAGUGCUGCCAAUGUAUUAAAGACCUGUUUAUCUUUUGCUGUAACUUUACAUCCGAAGAGCUGGCUAUCAUUCAACCUGUACUCCACAAAUUUCUCUCAAUAAAGUUUCAUGCACAUGAAUUGUCAGAUUCUGAUUUGGGAGGCAUGAUGAACGUUUUAAUGAGAGAACAGACCCUGAGCUCACAGAGUGUGGAAAUCAUUUAUUGGGUUGUUAAAACCUUUUAUCUGGAAAUCCGUGAAGAACUGUCCAGGUGA